AUGGAAGGAAUGUCUGAAGAUUUACAAAAAAUCUUUGACGACGAUUCAAAAUGUGCUCGUUUAUUAAAAAAAGUUAUUCGUGAUGAACGAUCAUUUGAUUUACGUAUUAAACGUAUUCAAGAAUUUCAAGUCUAUCUUGAAAGAUCCGAUAGUAAUAAAUUUAUUAUGAAUUUAGCUGAACCAGCACUAAAUGUACUUUUCGAACAGUUUCAAGAAAGGUUUGGUUAA